AUGAUCGCUUCGUCCGUCCUGGCGCGAUCGCGCGUCGCCGCCGCUCGGUCCAUUCGAAGCGUGCCUCUCGCAUCGAGCUCACGCAUCACCUUGCCCUCCAGCGCUCGUCUUCAUACCGUUGCUGCGGCAUCGACCCAAGCUCUUCCUUCCAAGCGACGAGGGCUCGCCACGCUCAGCUCCACCGAGAACGCCCCCGAGCUUGGCGCCCGCCACGUUGCCAAGUCCAUCUUUGCCCCGCUCGACACCUUCGAGGCUCGUCAUGUCGGCCCCAGGGACCAGGACUCGGCCAAGAUGCUCGAGGCUCUUGGCUACUCGGAGAUGGAGCAGCUCAUCGCCGAUACCGUCUCGCCCAAUGUGCGUCUCGCUGACGAGGCCUCCAACUACGACCAGAUCAAGCCUCUCUCCGAGAGCGAGCUCGCUCAGCGCGCAGAGACCAUCGCAAAGAUGAACCGCCCAUUCAAGAGUCUCAUCGGCAUGGGCUACCAGAACACCCUCGUACCUCCCGUCAUCCUCCGCAACGUCCUCGAAAACCCUGCCUGGUACACCAGCUACACCCCUUACCAGCCAGAGAUCUCCCAGGGCCGUCUCGAGUCGCUCAUCAACUUCCAGACCAUGGUUAAGUCGCUCACUGGGCUCGACCUUGCCAACGCAUCGCUCCUCGAUGAGGGCACUGCCGCUGCCGAGGCCAUGAUCCUUGCCUACGGACAGACCAAGAGCAAGAGAAAGACGUUCCUCGUCGACCGUGGUGUUCUGCCUCAGACUCUCGCUGUGCUUCGCCAGCGUGCCAAGGGUUUCGGUAUCAAGGUGGUCUCCACCGAGCUGCGCACUCCUGAAGGCCACCGCCUGCCUCCUGCCGACCAGAUCCCCCGCGAAGACAUCAUCGGUGCUCUCGUUCAAUACCCCGACGUCGACGGACGUCUCACCGACUGGGAGGCGCUGGCCAAGGAGAUCAAGGGUUUGGGCGGUAUGACCAUCGCUGCUACGGACUUGCUGGCGCUCACCAUGAUCAAGCCUCCUGGCGAGUGGGGUGCCGACAUCGCUCUCGGCAACGCUGCUCGCUUCGGUGUGCCUCCCGGAUUCGGUGGUCCCCACGCCGCCUUCUUUGCCGUUCGCGACUCAAUCAAGCGCAAGAUUCCCGGUCGUCUCGUCGGUCUCAGCAAGGACGCUCGUGGUGAGCCCGCCUACCGACUUGCGCUCCAGACGCGAGAGCAGCACAUUCGUCGUGAGAAGGCCACCUCCAACAUCUGCACUGCUCAGGCUCUUUUGGCCAACAUGUCCGCCAUGUACGCCGUCUACCACGGUCCCGACGGUCUGCGCAAGAUCGCCGCCAAGGUGCACGCCCUCACCCGCCUGCUCAAGCAUGAGCUGACCGAGCUCGGUGUUCGCGUCGUCAACCGUGACGGUGCCUUUUUCGACACGCUCACCAUCGACCUGAGCAAGGCUGGUGUCGGUGCCGUCCGCAUCCACGAGGAGGCCAAGAAGGCCGAGAUUAACCUGCGCCGCAUCAGCGACACCCGCGUCGGCAUCACGCUCGACGAGACGGUCAGCAUCGAGCAGCUCACCGACGUGCUCAACGUGUUCGCAUUCGCCCUCAAGAAUGUCAAGUCCGGCGAGGUGCCCUACAAGCCCGAGGAUUUGCUGCAGAUCGCCUCUUCCAUCGGCCUUGACGCCUCCUCCACCGAGACGCUCACCAUUUCCUCCUCGCUCCAGACCGCCUCUACGGAGUCCGCAAACCUCCCCGCGGUGCCGGACUUUGCCCGAACCUCCAAGUUCCUCCAGCAGCCUGUUUUCUCCGCGCACCGCUCCGAGACCCAGAUGCUGCGCUACAUCCACUCGCUCCAGGCCAAGGACCUCUCGCUCGUCCACGCCAUGAUCCCCCUCGGCUCCUGCACCAUGAAGCUCAACUCGACCUCGAGCAUGAUGCUCAUCUCCAAGCCGGAAUUCUCGCAGCUCCACCCCUUCGCACCCGAGGACCAGGCGCAAGGGUACGACGUGCUCAUCCGCGAGCUCGAGCGUGAUCUCUGCCUCAUCACCGGUUUCCCCGCCGUGUCGCUGCAGCCCAACUCGGGUGCGCAGGGCGAGUUUGCCGGUCUGUCCGUCAUCCGUGCGUACCACGAGAGCAAGGGGGAGGGCAAGAGGGACGUGUGUUUGAUCCCCACCAGUGCGCACGGCACGAACCCGGCGAGCGCCAUCAUGGCCGGUAUGCGCGUCGUGCCCGUCAAGACCAAGGCGGAUGGCUCGAUCGAUCUCGAGGACCUCCGAAGCAAGGCCGAGCAGCACAAGGAUGUGUUGGCGGCCACCAUGAUCACCGAGCCCGCGACGACGGGCUGCUACUUCCGCGACAUCCAGGAGGCGUUCCGGAUCGUCCACGACAAUGGCGGACAGGUGUAUUUGGACGGAGCCAACCUGCAGGCGCAGGUGGCGCUGACCAACCCAGCUAUCAUGGGCGCGGACGUUACGCACUUGAACUUGCACAAGACGUUCUCGAUUCCGCACGGCGGUGGUGGACCGGGAGUGGGACCCAUUUGCGUUGCUGAGCACCUGGCGCCUUUCUUGCCCGGACACCCGCUCGCCUCGACGGGAGGCGAGAUGGCGAUCGACCCCAUCUCCGCCGCUCCCUGGGGUAGCGCUUCGAUUCUGACCAUCGCAUGGGCGUACAUCAAGAUGCUCGGCUGGCACGGCCUGAAGAAGUCGACCGAGACCUCGCUGCUCGCGGCCAAUUACGUCGCACACCGCCUCAAGGACCAUUACAAGCUCAAGUACACCGGCGACCGCGGUCGUGUCGCACACGAGCUGCUCAUCGACGUCGCCGAGUUCGAAUCCGAAGGACUCAAGGUGAUGGACUUUGCGAAGAGGUUGAUCGACUACGGCUUCCACCCGCCCACGUGCUCCUGGCCUAUCUCGACGGGUCUGCUGAUCGAGAUCACCGAGAGCGAGAGUUUGCAGGAGAUCGACAGGUUGAUCGAGGCGUUCAUUUCCAUUCGUCAGGAGGUGGAGGAGAUUCGACAGGGUAAGCAGCCCAAGGAUGACAAUCUGCUCAAGAACGCGCCGCAUACGAUUCACGCCAUUACCGAGGGCGAGUGGACCAGGCCGUACUCGAGAGAGCGAGCGGUGUACCCGGUGGCAGAACUCAAGAAGAACAAGUUCUGGCCCCCCGUCAGCAGGAUCGACGACGCGUUCGGUGACAGGGUGCUCGUGUGCGAGUGCGGUGGCGUCGAAGACUAUGUCAACUAG